AUGGAGACGGGCCGGAGCAGCCGCGGCGAGGCUGUCAGCGAGCGCGGCGGCGGCGGCGCGUCCGCGGGGGUCUGCGGCAGGAAGGAGGCCGGGCGCGGGGCUCUGGCGACAGACAUGGACUCGCAUUGUGACUGCGCCGCCGAGACGCCGGCCACCGAGCAGCCGUCGGGGAAGAUCAAUAGGGCGGCCUUCAAAUUGUUCAAGAAGAGGAAAUCGGGGGGCACCAUGCCCAGUAUUUUUGGGGUCAAAAACAAAGGGGACGGGAAAAGCCCGGGCCCGGCGGGCAUGGUGAGGAGCAGGACGCACGACGGCUUGGCCGAGGUGCUGGUGCUGGAGGGCGGCAAGAAGGAGGAGCCGCGCGGCGGGGGCGGCGGGGGCGGCGGGGCUCGGCCCAACCCGGGCGCCCCCCGAACGGCCGGGAGCGGCGUGGGCGCGCUGGCCGCCAGCUCGGUGGCCAAGUCCCACAGCUUCUUCUCCCUUUUGAAAAAGAACGGCAGAGCGGACCCGGGCAAAGGCGAGCCCGCCGAGGCCGGCAAGGCUGGCGGCAAACAAAAGAGGGGGCUGAAGGGGCUCUUCAGCAGCAUGCGCUGGCACCGGAGGGACAAACGCGGCAAGGAGGGCGACAAGGAGGCGCGCGCGGCGGGCGCGGGCGGCCCGAUCCUGCCCGGCUCGCUCACCGCCAGCCUGGAGUGCGUCACGGAGGAGCCGCCCCGAGCCGCCGGCGACCCGCGACACCCAGCAGGUGAGCUCGGAGGGGGACAGCAGGCGCCGGGCUCCGCCGACCGCGCCCCAGCGCGCACCUGCCGCGAGGCCGCGAGCCCCGCGGGCCCUGCCGACGGGAGCGCCCCGGAGGACGCCGCGGGGCCCCCCGAGUCGGGGCCCGGCGAGGUCCACAUGGCCGAGGAUGCUGCCUCCAGGACAGGUGACGUUCCGAUAAAGACUGUCCCCCUUGUCGACUCGGACUGUGGCCGCAGCCGGGCGUCUGCCGUCCCCGACCCUGCCUCUGUCGAUCCGCCCUCAGACCCGUCGGCGGAUCGUAUUUGUUUGAUGUUUUGUGACGUGACUUCACUGAAAAGCUUUGACUCUCUUACAGGCUGUGGAGAUAUUAUUGCAGACCAAGAGGAAGAGGCAGGUCCCAGCUGUGACAAGCAGGCCCCUGGGCCAGGCAAGGCAGUGCUCUCUAAAAAGAACCCCAGCGUGGUGGCCUACCAAGGAGGAGGGGAGGAGAUGGCCAGCCCGGAUGAGGUGGACGACACCUACCUGCAGGAGUUCUGGGACAUGCUCUCCCAGACCGAGGACCAAGGACAAGGGCCCCCGGACGCAGCGGUCAAGGUGGCAGCUGCCCCGGAGACCAAAGUGGUGCCCGAGACCUCCAAAGACGCCAGGUGUGUAGAAGCAGCCAAGGGCGUGUCCUCCGUCAAGCGCAGGAGGCUCAACAGGAUUCCCAUUGAGCCCCAGUCCAAGGAGGAGCCCAAACCCCCGGAGAAGGAGCAGCAAGAAGGUGUCCCCAACAGCGACGAGGGCUACUGGGACUCGACCACUCCUGGCCCAGAGGAAGACAGCACCAAUAGCAGUAAAAAGGCGGCCAUCCCCCGGGACAGCUACAGUGGUGAUGCUCUCUACGACCUCUAUGCUGACCCUGAUGGAAGCCCUGCAGUCCUUCCUGCCCACGAGGACACGUCGUCGGGUUUGUCCCGGCUAAAGCCGGUGUCCCCAGGAACCAUCACUUGUCCACUGCGCACACCCGGCAGUUUGCUGAAGGACUCUAAAAUUCCUAUUAGCAUCAAGCAUCUCGCGAACCUCCCAUCAAGCCAUCCCGUUGUGCACCAGCAACCACCCAGGAGUGAGAUGCCCAGAACAAAAAUUCCCGUCUCCAAGGUGUUGGUCCGAAGGGUGAGCAACCGUGGCUUAGCAGGGACCACCAUCCGGGCAGCGGUGUCCCAUGACAGUGCCAAAAAGUUGUGA